UGAGAUUGGGUGGGGACAAGGCCUGUGCAGUUGCUGUGUGUCUGUGUACACUCAUCAGGUCAGCUAAGUGGCUGACCAGUCUGCUGAGCAGGCCCUGAGCAAUCAUCCCAAGAUGGCGGGCACUGUGCCUGACGGAGAGGCGUCCGGCCGGCGCGGCUCGCGCAAACAGUGGACUCUGCACGACGGACCGCAAGGCUCGCUGCGUCGGCUGCGCAGCAACCUGGCAGAGGACGGCUGCGAGGAGUCGCAGCUGGUGUUGGCCAAGCAGCUGCUGGAUGCGCCGGCCGCGCCCUCUGAGGCCACCCAGAAUUAUGUCCAGGCUGUCUAUUGGUUGACCAAGGCAUCCGAGCAGGGCAAUGCUGAGGCUACCGAGCUGCUGCGCGAGUGCUUUGACCGGGGCCGCGGCAUCACGGACCAGAACUACAUCGACGUGAAGAACUGUUUGGACAUGACGCAGGAGGAGAAGCUUUCGCGCCGUGCUGCCCGCGAGCUCUUCUACACGAUGGCCGACGGUCAGGACUUCAUCACGACGGCGCAGCUGCGCAGCCGGUUGCAGCGGCUCACCAGCCAGGAGCGGCGCGACCUGGAGCGUCCCGCGCCUGCCGCCGCCGCCGCCGCCGCCGCCGCCGACGGUGACCAGCCAGCCGCUGAGGCCGAACCACCCGCUGAUGGCGGCGGCGACGGCAACGGUGACGGCAGAGAUCAGGGCGAGGGCGUAGCAGCGACGGCGCCGGCGGCCGAAGACGCGACGGACACGCCGCGCACCAUCUCCUUCCUGAGCCACAUCGGCGGCGAGAAGCUGUCUGAGGACUCGCUGGUGGCGGCGGCGGCCAACUUUGUCAACGGCGACCUGCCCACCAUAAACAAGUUCCUUAAGGUCAGCGAUGACGAGACUGCUUUCCAGGAAAUGACGCUGCUGGAGAAGGUGAUGUUCCAUCCGGUGCGCUCCGUCAGUUACGGCUAUCACAAGAUGAUCGAGACAAUGUCAGAGCGCGGCAACGCCUUCCUGCUCUCGCUGAUCCCGACUACGCAACUGAAGACGAUCCUGGUCGUGUUCCUUGUGUCCUUCGUCGACGUCCGCAUGCUGCGCUUCAUCCUGCCGGUCAUCGUCCUGUACGUCGCCCUCUUAGUCAUGGUCAUCUCCACGCUGCAGAUGCUACAGCUUCACGAGGACCUGGGCAAUUUCCGCAUCUGGUCACAGGUGAUGAAGAUUAUCAAAGAUGACCUGAACACGCAGCUAGCCGAGGCGAAGUUCUGCUGGAAGAACCUGUACCCGUACGGGCGCUUCUUCGUGGCGAUGGCUGCGACGGUGACGGCGCUGCAGUACACGCCUGACUCGAUGGUGCUCAGCUCCGAGAUCACUGCGCUGGCCGCCCUCAUGACGGCCAUCACGUUCAUCUCGCUCAGCGAGCGCCACCAGCGGCUGGCCUGGCUGUCGAUGGUGCUACACGUGACGCUGUCCUGUCUGCACCUGUUCCCGACGCUGAGGCCUGCGCCGGCGGCCAGUCUGCAGCUGGCGCCCGGCCUCUUCCUCGACUUCUCGUUGCUGGCUAUCCUGCACCUGGCCACGCUCGGUUGCUACGCCACGAUGGCGGCGCAGGACAGGUGGCGCGGCACUUACAAGGUGCUGAUCCCGCACCUGGCCUCGGUCGUCUGGUUCCAGACCGCCAUUCUGUUUGCCGGCGACGCCUCCACCGGUGGCGUGCUGCGCGCUGUCGGCACCUUCUUCGGCACUGUGUUUGCGCUCCCCAUCAUCGGUGGCUUCCUGCUGCUAUUCCCAGCUGUGGCACUGGGCCGUCACCUUUACCAAGCCGGCUUCCUGCUGCAGGCGGUGGUGACGGGCGCGCUGCUGGCGCUGCCGUUCGGCCUGGCCUUCUUGCGCAGCCGGCACGCCUCGCUGACGCGCGUCAUCUCGUCGUACCAGGUGCUGGUGCUGGGGCUGGGCCUGCUGUCGCUUCUGCCGGCCGUGCAGAUCACGUAUCUGACGACGCCACCGCCCACCGACGUGACUGCGCUGCCCUGGCAGCAGUUCUAUAACGUGUGUCACCGGCCGGCACUGGACGCCGCCACCACGGCCCAGGUGCAGCACGGCUGUCAGCUGCUGGAGGGCGCCACCGUCGAGUGGGAGGGCACCGUGGCCGACGUGCGCGUCCAGUCGGCCGAGAACAAGCUGCAGGCGCUGAUCAGUUUCCUGCCGGUGGGCCUGCAGCAGACGCUGGCCUGCGUUUACGGCCGUCCAGUCGGAGACUGCAACGCCGAGCUGAUGGACGAGGUCAGCUUCAGCCGCUGCAAGACGGCGCACACCGUCAUGACGUCACGAUGCACGUUGCGCUCCUGGAACCGCUACCAGUUUCACAUUGUGGUGCACAUGCCAGCUGGCUACCUAAACGUCAGUCCGGCUGAUGUUUACCUGGCGGCCGACAACCAGUUCCAGGCGUUCGGACUGAACCUGCGGGCGGGCGACCGCGUGCAGUACCGCGGUCAAUUGAGCGCCGGCCUGGGCACGACGCGGCCGCAGCUGCAGCUGACCGGUCUGCGCUGCCUCAGCUGUACCCAGGAGAUCGCCCCCAUACUGGAGGUCACCCAGCGCGACGUCGUCAACGAGCUCGUCACCAGCGCCGGCGCCGUCUUUAACUUCGUCUGCUCGCCGCUGCUGCGCUACGAGAAGGACCCAGCCGCCACCUGAGCGGGCCGCCGGCGCAGCGAGCGGCGCUUCUCCUCAGCUGGGGUCGCGGUGGCGGGCAUUAAUCAACUGUCUGAAGUCUGAAACGCGGAGCGCCUGGAGUUCGGGCGCGGAUGCAGCUUUAUGCCGACGCGGAAUUGGUCGACGGACCUUCCCCUGUUGUUUUUCACGUCCUCUAGUCAGGCUUGAUAGACUUGAAUGAGGGUUGGCUUCAGGGGUCACGCUUUGCAAGCAAUCCCACUAUUAUCUUGUUUCUGUGCUUCCUGCAGAGCAGCUUUCGCACAUGGUGAUGUUCACGGCAUUAGCUGAGAAGCUUUGAAUGGCCUCUUUCAAUACUCUUCAACUACUUGCGAGUGACAUCGGAUAAUGCACGUUGGUUCAAUGGCGUGUGUUAAUAAUCUAUAUAUGCGAGGUAUUCGUUCCUUGUCUUACCUGAAUGAGGGCCAUAACUUUUUGUUUAGUGUCACAUUCGUUGGCCAGGUUGGAAAGGGUAGGCUUUAACACUUAGAUCUGAUUUGCUACUUACGAGUGUAUUUGUACCUAGUUGAUUAUUUCAGCAUGGCUUAUGGUCAUACUUUUGCGUGUUGACUACUUUUGCCUUUGUCCUAGGAGUACACCUAGAAAUUUCCUGUUUUUUUUUUUGUUUUUUUGGUACUGUCAGUUACUGUCUUGCCGCUGAUGCUCGGGUAGACACAUCAGUGAGGAAAUGGGCACAGGCGACAGGUUUGUCAACAGAUUGUGGCCUUUAGGAGAACUUGUUAAACAGACGCGUAGAGAAAGAGAGUUUGCCGGCAGGAGGCAGAGCUUGCCGUUUACAUCUGUGCUGUCGGUGCUCAUUCUCAGAGUCCCUUUAAAACCGAGACAGCGGGUGCAUUACCAAAACAAAGACGUAAAGCGCACUGGCCCAGGAUUCAGAAAUUGGGCUGUUGGCUAUCGGGCAGCAUUGCAAAGGCGUUGGCCAAUUACUUGGAAUGUUCCGUAAAGAAGAUGGUGUGUGCUUUUCUAGUCUAAGUGCGAAAUAAAUAACAUCAAAAUGAA